ACCAAAACAACUUCUGUUCGAGUUUCAUUCAAGCAAUAAAGCCAAUAUUGCAUGACCGUGGGUCUGUAACGAGUCUACGAGCGAAGAUCAAUGGCGAAAUAGUGUCUAAAACGAACGCCAGUCUAAAUCCAAAUUGGAGCUGUAAUGGAGACCAUGUACGUGCAGGAGCUGCAAGCAGCUGCAGUUGAUGAACAAGAUCAGAACGAGAGAGAGAUUGACAGCGAGGGCAACACCUGGAUAAAGUUCACUGCUGCUCAAGGUUCCUCAUUGAUGCCACUUAGUAGCAUCUUGUCCCAUGAUGAAACUUCCAUUACUGACUCUGCCACCUUCACAACCUCAGAUGACCUAUCAACAGUCGUGUACACUACCACAUCUGCUGACAAAAAAUCAACCAACACUAAAGAAUACCAGUGUGUGAAAUGCACUGCCAUUUUCAACAACUCUUCCAAUUUGAAAUCGCAUAUGAGGACUCACACCGGAGAACGUCCCUAUGUGUGUGAGGUGUGCAAUGCUGCCUUUGUGCAGAGCUCUAAUUUGAAAUCACAUCGCCGAAUUCACACUGGGGAGCGACCGUUUGUGUGCACAGAGUGUGGGCAGGCAUUUUCUAGGUCUUCUCAUUUAACAGGGCACAAGAGAACUCAUACUGGAGAAAAACCAUACAUGUGUGGCUUGUGUAACACAAGCUUCUCAACUAGCACACACUUGCGCAACCACAUGCGUAAGCAUACUGGCGAAAAGCCAUUCACUUGCCAUUUAUGCUCCUCCAGCUUUCUUCACAAUAGCACUUUGCAAACACAUUUGCUCAUCCACACCGGUGAGCGGCCAUUCAAAUGUACAUCAUGUUCGGGUGCUUUUCGUUCCAAGAGAGAUUUAGUAAGUCAUGAGCGUCUCCACACACGAGUUAAGCCCUUUCCCUGCAGAACUUGUUCUAAAAGCUUCAAGACUAAUCAGUAUUUGCAAAAACAUGUCAAGAGGUGCGGCUUGCCUGUCCCUGGGAAGAAAAGAGGACGACCUCGGUUGAGCUCGGACAUUACGCCUAGAUAUUCUCUGAGUUCCGCAGCAAUAAAAUGUGAAGGUAAUGAGAGUGAAGAUACCGAAGUUCUCAUUUCCAGUGUUGAUCUUGAUGAUUAUUCUUCAGAUGGUGAGAUCGAAAACAAUAUUUCUCAUGUAGGUGAUUUCUUUGAGGAUGAGUUUUAAGUUUUCUUUCUAGUUUUAGUUGUUGGAAAUAACUUUUUGUGAUACAGAUUAAGUAACUAAAGAAUAUAGGCCUGAACUUGUAAAAAUUCACAUUAACCAGUGUGUACACUUUGUUGCAUGGUCAUCUAGUUUGGUUAUGUUUAGUGUUAAUGUCAAUUUAUAAAACUUUGUCCUAGAUAACUAGGAAUGCUAAGUUGGAGCGUAAUGAAGUGAAAAUGUUUGUUAUACCAAAGUUUAUAUUAUUCUUAAGCAAAGUAAAUCGUGCUAAAUGACUGAUGAUUGAAUUCUCGAUUUCGGGGCAUAAAAAUGUGGUCAGACAUGAAUGAGUUUAAUAAUUUAGACUUACUUUUCUAAAAUUUUGAAGGUAUGGAUGGCGGGCGUGAGCUCGGACAAAAUUGCUCCGGCAUUAAGCAGGUUAAUACAGGAUAUAUUCUGUCAUUUAUCGCAUGACGAUUGUUUCCGUGUGUAUUUUCCGGUCUUGGUUUAUUUUUUUAGAUUAUAUUGAUACGUCAGCUUGUAAAGUGGUAUAUAAGCCAACAAAUUUUGGACAAAUGAUUUAUUUUGUCGACUAGUUGGGAAUAACCAUAGAACAGCUACGGUAACUCUUCAAGAUCGCCGUUUGACACAUUCAGCCGAGUGUGAGAAAUUAAUGUAAUUCAUGUACAACUAUGUACAUCUUAUGUUCUUAUUACUUAGUUGCGGGAUUUUUGUGGUGGCUGCAGUGGUAGUAGUUAUGUUAUCAUAUUUUCCGCUCAUUGGAUCUAGGAUGUACAGCUUAUAAUAAAUUAUUAACAUGUAUUUGAUUCGUAAUAAAGUGUUGGAUACAUGUCAA